AUGUCGUACCGUCGCACUUCACGGACACAGGUGUCCACUCGCACCCAGACAUCAACGCUGUCGUCGGUGUCUGGCACGGGGAUUGUAACUCCCACUUUUAAUAUUCUCCCGCCUGUUCAGUAUAAUCGCAAAGAUAAUAAUGUUCCGCGUUUACAACCGGUUGGCCACCACAAUCACCAUUCCAGAUCGUCUUGGUUGGCUCAUGAUCUCCAUAGAUCGUACCAUUCAACAACUCAGAUGAUCAAGAACCAGGCUUACCGUCCUCUGGUGAAGAUUAAUCCUGGUCUGGAUUUGGUUCUUAUUACUGGCGGCGCCAGUGGUCUGGGGUACCAAAUGGCUCUAUUGUUUCAUCAAAAAGGGUUCGAGGUCAUUGUUCUGGAUAUUCAUGUUCCUGAAAGACACUCGCGAAUUCCUAAAGUUACGUACUACCAGUGCGAUGUCAGCAAUAUCGAGGAGAUCUCGGCCAUUGCAAAGACCAUUCGCGACACCCAUGGCACCGUCACUGUGUUAGUCAAUAAUGCCGGUGUCAUGAAAGGAGCCAAAAAAACCGUCGACCUCGGAUACACCGAGAUGCGAACCACUCUGGAUAUCAACCUGUUAGCCAGUUUCCUAACUGUACGCACUUUUGUGCCGGAUAUGGUGUCUCGUCACCGCGGGUAUGUCGUUACCAUUGGUUCUGUCCUUGGAUAUGUAUCACCCGCAAAACUCAGUUUAUACGGAGCCAGUAAAGCCGGUCUAAUUGCACUUCACGAGUCACUGACCCACGAGCUUGGUCCUCCCAAUUUCCCCGAAACUGGUGUCCGUACACUUCUUGUCAGUCCUGGUCAACUGAAAACAUCGCUUUUCAUGGACGUCCGGUCACCCUACGUCUUCAUUGCCCCUGUUCUCGAACCGUCACGAGCCGCUCGAGCCGUGGUCGAAGCUCUCGAAAAAGGAUCCCGUGGCGAGCUCAAACUGCCCCUCUACGUCAAUGGCACCACCUUCCUCCGCACCCUCCCACACCAGCUCGCUACCGCGACCCGUGCUCUCACCGGAAUCGACUCCUCCAUCUGA